AUGACAGGGUGGAAGGAGGCAAGUGAUCUUGGUUACCAACUGCGAUCUAGAUAUCCCGGGUUUUAUCAGGACGGCACGCCGUUCUAUGUGUGGGCUAAUCAAUACAAAUCCCCAAUCAAUGAAUCACGAGUUGUUCAAACCGCCAGGGCAUUUCUCAAUGGCUACCUCUAUGAGUAUGCUGAUGCCUAUGGUACUGUCGUGAGCGUGAACUCUACGGGAUCUCCUGCUGCCAUUGGUAACUCCCUCGGGCCUUCGGAUUCCUGUCCUGCAUUUGGUUCUAUCUCUAGUGGGGGAAAUAACGUCACGAAUUGGGAUGCCACAUGGCUACCCAAGGCUGUACAUCGUAUCAAUUCCAAAAUCAGAGGAAAUCUUACGUUUGACGAAUCUGAUAUACUCUUCUUUCCUUACAUGUGUGCAUACGAGAGUCAGAUUGAAGGCCAUCUCAGCCCCUGGUGUGGUGUUUUUACAGAAAACGAGCUGCGUAACUACGCAUACUCGCAGGAUCUGAGCUACUUUUACGGGGUCGGCCCCGGUUCAAUUGGUCCAUCCAAGGUGCUUUUCCUUCCCUUCCUGAAAAGUUUGCUUUCUCUUCUAGAGACCGGCCCUAAGCAUGUUGGCGUUGGUGCCAACGGCACCAGUUUCGAAAUUCCGAACCUUAUCAUGGCUUUCACGAAUGACAACCAACUUGCCGAGAUGACUGCUGCCAUGGGAAUUUUCGAUUUCGAAGGACCUCUUCCCGAUGAUCACAUCCCAGCCCACCACUUGUAUAAUGUGGCUCACUUCAUCACCAUGCGAGGCACUGUUGCUUUUGAGGUCAUGGAUUGCAGUGUCAACAAAGCCACGAAUGGGCCCUACAUUCGUAUAUUGUUCAAUGACGCUGUUUAUCCCAUCGCCAGUUGUCAGAAUGGCCCUGGGAGGAGUUGCUCCUUAUCUGAUUACAUUUCCUUAAUUGAUAACAAGAUUGACCAGGCGGGUGACUUUUUAAGUUACUGUAACGUCACAGAGGCGGGCCGCCCUGAGGCCGCUGCUGGGGCUAGUUUCUUGCAGGAUCUUUCUCUGGACUUCUUAACUUUUGUCAAUCCUUGA